GUUUACUCACACGGAGCCAAGAGCUGCCUCAAAUCCGUCUGCAGGACGAAUGGGAGGAGGGAGAGAGCAUUCCAUCCCAUUUAUUCUUGUUCUUUGAUUUUUGCCUCCCACACUACACAGCGGUGCUUCAACGGAGCCUGAAACAAGUGGUGUGCCUGAUCCCAGGGCAGUGGGUCUGAAGCCAGAUCCCAGCCAUGCCGGACCUGUACACAAUUUUGCUGGGACUGCUGAUCCUUCUGCCCCUCCUGGGAAAUCUCUUCUUCCCCUAUGCGUGGCAGGACCUGACCUUUUUUUUCUUCAGUGUGCGUUUGGGAUACAGAAGCAAGAAGUGUCUUGAACGCAGGCCACCCUUUAUUUUCCUGGAUGUCUUCUUGGAAAAAGUCCAGAAACACCCAGAGAAGCCCCUGGUGCUCUUUGAAGAUGAGGUCUAUUCCUACCGGGACAUUGACAGGCUCAGCAGCCAGGCGGCCAGAGUGUUCCAGAGCCACCUAGGGCUGAAAGAGGGGCAAACAGUGGCGGUUUUCUUGAAGAACAUUCCUGCCUAUCUCUGGAUCUGGAUGGGGCUAGAGAAGAUUGGUUGUGCCAUGGCUUGUGUCAACUAUAACAUCCGCUCGAAGUCUCUUUUGCAUGUGCUCAGCUCCUGUGAGGUCAAAGUGCUUCUGACAACUCCAGAUUUCAAAGCUGCUAUUGAGGAUAUCCUGCCCACACUAAUGAAUGAAGGAGUACGGGUUUUCUACCUCAGUGACAACUCCCCAACUGAAGGUGUGGAAGCUUUGCUAGGAAAGAUCAAAUCCAGCUCAGCUGAACCGGUGCCUGUUUCCUUCAGAGCCAAUGUAACUACCAAAUCCACAUCUCUGUAUAUUUUCACCUCUGGGACCACAGGGUUACCAAAAGCUGCUGUCAUCACCCAGAGGAGGAUGUUUCUCGUUUCCAACAUGUUCCGCUUGUGUGGGGCCCUUGCCAAGGACAUCAUCUACAUCCCACUUCCUCUGUACCACUCAGCAGCUCUUCUCCUUGGGAUUGGAGGAUGCUUGGAGGUUGGAGCUACAUGUGUCUUGAGGUCUAAGUUCUCUGUUACCCAGUUCUGGGAUGAUUGCAGGCGAUACCACAUUUCUGUGAUUCAGUAUGUGGGAGAAAUGAUGCGCUACCUCUGUAAUGCACCAAAGAAGGACAGUGACCGUGACCACAGUGUACGGCUGGCAAUAGGUAAUGGCAUGCGUAUGGAGGUCUGGAAACAGUUCCUGCACCGAUUUGGACUCAUCCAAAUCUAUGAGUUCUAUGGAGCCACCGAAGGGAAUAUUGGGUUUAUUAACUACAUAGGAAAAAUUGGAGCUGUGGGAAGGACCAACUUCCUCUUCAAGAAAGUGGCACAGUUUGAGCUUAUUCAAUAUGAUAUUGACCAGGAUGAGCCCAUCAGGAAUGAGAAAGGGUAUUGCAUCCCGGUGGCUCCAGGUGAGACAGGUUUGCUGGUAUGCCGGAUCACAGAGAACUCCCCAUUCAGUGGCUAUGCUGGAGACCGCCAGAAGUCGGAGAAGAAGAUUCUCCGAGAUGUCCUCAAGAAAGGUGACUACUACUUCAACAGUGGUGACCUCCUGAUGCAAGACCACGAGGGCUUUUUAUACUUCCGGGACCGUGUGGGAGACACUUUCCGCUGGAAAGGGGAAAACGUGGCCACUACAGAGGUUGAGGCAACCUUGUCAACACUGGAAUUUAUUCAGGAAAUCAACGUAUAUGGGGUACCUGUGCCAGGGCAUGAAGGAAAGAUCGGGAUGGCAGCCCUGUGUCUGAAGAAGGGGCUGCCCUUCAAUGGAGGGAAGCUGUACACCCAUGCCAAGAAUUACUUGCCAAGCUAUGCCAUUCCUCGUUUCGUCCGCAUCCGGGAGGCCCUGGAGAUCACAGGAACUUUCAAGCAAUGCAAAAGUCAGCUGGUGAAGGAAGGAUUUGAUCUAGCUGCCGUCAGUGACCCCCUCUUCUUCCUGGAAGAUUCAGAGAAAUCUUAUAUACCAAUGACUCAGCAAAUCUACAACUCCAUUGCAGAGAUGAAAAUGAAGCUCUGAAGGGGCUGCAAGGCACAUCCCACAAUUGUCUUCUUAAUGCUGUUAAUGGCACAGAAAACCCAAAGACACCUGUAGCUUUGAGGUUCUUGGCUAGGGAUUACCUCACAUUCAUUCCUAAUCUGGGGCCAGUCUGGGGCAUCUAUUUGUGUGUGUGUUCUAGAGUCCUGCAGAACAAGUUGGCAGAUUUUAUUUGGAAAAAAGUGUCUUUUGUUUUGCAUUUUUCCUGUUCACCCAGGAUGGGUGCUCUUGUGCAACAUCACUGGAAUGCCUUUGCUUCCUAUCUCACAUGUGUUCAUGGUUGUGCCCAGAUGUACAGAUGUGGUCAUGGGAGCUGGAAGGCAAAGUGGGAAGAAAGGAGAGCUGGAUUUUAUUUUCAGGAAAUAGUGGGGGCCUGAUUCUUUCGUGAUCAUCAUGUUCAUGUUUACUGCACAGAGACCCAGCCAUUUAUUUCAGGGAGAAUGAGGAAAGGUUCUGUCAUUCACAACUGAUGGCACUGCCUGUGAAUUUUGCCACUUUAAACCCAGAUGGAGUUGCUUCCAAUCUUAGAAAAAACAUAGUGGGAUAUGCAGGAACCUAGUCAAGUACCUCCUGAGCUCCCACUAGAUUAUCCUGUGUGUGGGGAAAUAUAACAUUAGUGAGCAGAAGCAGCUGGUGGUUCCUGGGAGUGGCGGGGGGGGGGGGGGCGUGCUAGGCAGGGAGGCGAUGGGUGGAGCCACAGGUAGUGAGAGGUAGAGCCAAUUGUGGGCAGUUGCGGAGUUGGGGCCAGGACUAGGCGGGUGCCUUAGCAAUAUCUGGCAAAGUGCUCUUGUGCAACAGCUAGCGAGUGGGAUCAAAACACAAUCACACACACCAGCACGCAAAUCUCAAUUGCUCACCAGCAGAUACAGAGAUUUCUUUAUUUAUUGAAUGAAUAUACCGCCCAAUAUCGAAAUGUCUAGGCGGUGUACAGAAUUAAAACAGAAUAUAAAAUAUAAAACAUUUAAAAUUCAUAAAAAGAUAAAAAUAAUCAGAGAUAAAAACACAUUAAAAAUUAGAUUUUGGUUAAAAGCCUACAAAAUUAGGUAUGUCUUCAGGGUCCUCCUAAAAACAAACAGAGAAGGAGAUGCUCUUAUUUCAGCAGGGAGCGAGUUCCAAAGCCCUGGGGCAGCCACAGAGAAGGCUCAGUCCCGAGUUCCCACCAAAUGAGUUGGUGGCAACCAUGUGUAAAUAACUCCCAGAUGAUCUUAAUAGGUGACAGGGUUCAUGAUAGAGAAGACAGAAUAUGAAAAACAUCAGUUGCUUUAUAGUGCUUAACAGGCCUACAGUAGUGUGUAGAUCUGUAUCUAACACAGUAGGAUCAAACACCACACACAGGGAAAAGAAAAACAAACAAACAAGUAAAGCCCAGACCAGCUACAAAAGGCUGCUUCUGUGGAGAGCAAAUGCAUUCCAAAGACAUCAGGGCAGCUCUGUCUGCCUGAUUAUUUAAAUAAUGAAUACUACUAAUAAUAGAUAACAACAACAAGAAAGAACACUGAGCCAGAGUGGUACAGCGGUUAGUGUGCUGGACUAGACUGGGGAAAUCCAAGUUCAAAUCUCCAUUCAGCCAUGAAACUCACUGGGUGAUUCUGAGACAGUCACUUAUCUCUCAGCAUAAUCUUCCUCAUAGGGCUAUUGGGAGGAUAAAUGUAACCACUCUGGACUACUUGAAGGAAGCACGGGCUAUGCCUGUAAAAGCAAAUAAAUCUAUAUAAGCCACAGGUAAAUCAGAGACCAGCUACAAAAGUGAAGAAGAAAUGCAUUUAUAGCACUGCCUGCCUGUUUCAAAAAUGCAGACAUAAUAGAAAAAUCACAGGUUUUUCAAUCAUUCUUGCUGCAGCUAUAAACCAUCUCCUGUAAGUUCAGAGGACACCUUGGGAAGCAAAGAUGCACGGGGACACCCUCUCCUUACUUCAUGCCUGCUGAACAGCUGCGUGCCACUUUCUGCCCACCUCAAGUGCCCACCAUUUAGUCUGGGUGUCCAUCCUAGCAAGAAACAAAUGUUAUUUUUAGUAGAGAUAACUUCCUUAAUUCUUGCCCAAUGACCCAUAACCUCCAGUGGACAUAUUAAUAUUACAGAUACUGGACACAAUCCAGAGGAAACUAUGGUGAGCUCUCUGCAUAGCAAAUUGAUUUUUAAAAUUAUUUUCCUUCCAACAGAAUCCAUUCCUUCUCUAUAACACUUCCACAUAGAAAACAACUUCUACAAUUAUUUUAAAGCAGUUUGGGCUCAAAAUUCCAUACAUAUGCCCUAAGAGAACUUUCUCAGUUUCUAAUCUAAUUAGUCCAGUCUUACGUUCCUUCCAAUGUUUUAUGGCAUGUCAUUUUGGGAAUGGGCCAUAAUGCUUUGCAUACAGAUCAUGUCAGAGAAUAAGGGACAGAAAGCAGAAGUUGCACUCCUCUCUGCCAAACAAACACAAGCAAAGGAGCUAGCAAAAUAUCAGACUUACCAACAGCUAGCCAGGCUGCCUGCUCUCUAACAAAAAUGGUGAUUAGAUUCUUCUGAGUAGCUAAAAGAAAAAGGCUUCCCCACCCUCUGGGCACACUGAUGGGCUGCCUGAGGAGUCAAUUGAUAAUGAUGAAUAUAUACCACUUUUCAUCAAAAGCUCCCAAAGCGGUUUACAUAGAGAAAUAAAAACAAAGAUGGAUCCCUAUCCCCAAAGGGCUCACAGCGACCUAGUCCCUCUCUGAUUGGUUUAUAGAAUGGUCUUAGGACUGCCCACUUUGCAAAAACAAAAGUGAGCAUGCUUAUUGGCUCCUGCCUUAUCAAUAUUAAUAAUUUUUAAAACCU